AUGCUGUCGCUGUCGCUCGUCACCUCUGCUGCGGCGCUCUUCGGCGGCAAGGUGGCUCCUACGCAGCGGUCGGGUAGCGCCUACAGCUACGCGGCUCGCUCGCUCGUCGACAACUCGGUGCAGGAGCUCGAGCAGUACAGGGGUAGGUCGCGCCUGGAGUCCCGCGGCUUCUGUGUCCUCGCCUUCCCCUGCAACCAGUUCGGCGGCCAGGAGCCGGGCUCCGCCUCGGAGAUCCUCGAGUUUGCGCGCGGCAAGUACGCCGCCACCUUUCCGCUCUUUGAGAAGUGCGACGUCAACGGCCCAAACACGCACCCUGCGGAAAAGUCGGACCCCUUCCCGCUGGGCGCCGACAUCAAGUGGAAUUUUGCGAAGUUCUUAUUGGGGCCCGAGGCGCCUCACUGCCCACCCCGCCCGCCUCCACUCUCCGCCGGCGAGGUCAUCAGCCGCUUCGGGCCCCAGCAGUCUCCCCUCUCGUUCGAGGGCGAGAUCGCCGCCGCCCUCGACGCGUUGCCGGUCGAGGCCGCCGCCUGA